ACCUUCCUGGAACGUCGACGGAGGCAGGUGGCGAUAUUCAGGCCCGAUCUGAGUCGCCAGGCCGCCUCGUUUAGUGCCGAGACCUCAUUCCAGGUGGCAGACGGCCGAAAGCGUGUCAGAUACGUUCGUGCGAGUCGCGCUGGAAGGUCGAGAGUGACCGUCGUGCAUAAUCCGCGCGGGUGCCCGGAGGAGAGUGCCCGAAGAGUACGCGACAUCAUACUCCGCGUGACCGAUCGUCGUGGAGUAGCUGGCGAUUCCGAUCGUCCGUUCGCUCUUCGCGGUCCUCGUUCUCGGAUCGGCGAACCGAUCAGGUGGGAUCAGGUGGAAUCGGGUGGACUCCGUGCCGCGUGAUCCGCUCGAGAUCGGCUCCUCCCGUCCGCUUCAGCUCUUCGCGUUCCUUCGCGCGCGCCCGCGCCUCGCGAAACGGAGCGCGGCGGCCACUCGGUGAUUUCGAUGCGUGGUACGGAAAUAGCCGGAGGACCGCGAGGACACCUCUCGCCGCGAUCGUUACGUAGUGCACCCCAGGCCGAUCGUCGUCUGCUUGCGAUCCUCUACCUGGCUGCUGCGAAGCGAUCGUGCCCAUCGGCGAUUCCGGAGACCAGACGGUCCGGACGAAGAGAGAGAGAGACAUGCCUGGCAGUCACGGAACCAGUCAUCGAGACUGCUCGCGGACGACGCUGAAUCGAGGAUUAUGAGGACGUCGUACGCAUCGAGAGCGAAACACUGCGCCGAGCGAGACUGCAGCGAGCGGUGAUCGGGACGACGUGACAGAGGAUCCGCGGCCAGGCUAAGGUGGUUCAUUCAGAAAGGCUGGUAUCAUCAUGUAUCGGCCGAACUUCUACGAGAGCACGUGUCUGAGGUGCGCCCAGACCGUCUACCAGGUGGACAGGGUGGGUCCGUUGAAGGACUUCACGUUCUUCCACGCGGGCUGCUUCAAGUGCGCGAUCUGCGGUACCAAGCUUACCCUGAAGACCUACUACAACAAUCAACACACGAUCAACGACAAGGAGGUGUACUGCAGCAGCCACGUGCCCAAACCCGGGCCCGGCACCCUGGAUGGGUCCAGCGUGGGCAUUAGAAGCGCUCUCAACGUACCAAGGAGCGGUUACGUGAACGAGCAGAUCAGAGCUGGUGGAGCGUCGCCGCGUGGUGUCUAUCCACCUUGGCACCUGAACGGGCACGGCUCGCCGCCAUCGGCGAAUUCGUCGUCCCAGCGCGAUGGUCUCCACGGCGGCACGGGGGGCGCAUCCUCGCCCUACAAUCACAAUUACUCGGGGGACGGCAGCUAUCAGUACGGCAGGUUCGACGCGAGUGCCCUCCACAUCGCCCAUGCGCUCAAGCAGACCGAGCUCCAGAAGGGCUACAGCAAGGCCCGCGAGAAACCCAUCGAUUAUUAUCUGGAUCGCGAUGAACAGACGCGUCUCGAGAUGAAGCAUCGAAAGGAAGAGGAUGAUUUAUACCGGAAGUUUGCACACCAUCGCGAGGAGGAGGACCGACGAAUUCGCGAGGAAUUCCGAGACGAGUGGGAGAAGGAGCUGGAGCAAUUGUCGGCGAGAUGGGAACGGGAAAAAGGCGGAAGAGCUCGAACCCAACAAUUUCAGCAGGAGAAGGAGGACUUGGAGAAGAACAUGACUUUACGCAGGGACAAGAAGAAGGAGAGUCUCACGCGCAAGAUGCUGGAGCACGAACGGGCGGCAACCGCUGCGCUGGUGGAGAAGCAGAGCUCGGAGAUGCUGGAGCUGAUCAACGAGGCGAGAAGCGAGUACAUGCUCCAGGAGAGUUUAUACCUUGACGAAGGAGACGGUUAUGCCGAGGAAGCGCCGCCCCCGCCUUAUCCAUCGCGUGCGCCACCCCCGCAGCCUCCGACCCUCGCCAAGUACCAUAUCUACAAUGAUCCUCUGGAGUUCGCUGACAUGGAUCAGAUAGCCAUUUCGGUAGCCCAAGAAGAUCAAAAAACGUUCACCGACUUGGUGCGACAGUUGGUGAGCAGAUGCGGAUCGGAUAUAGAAAAGGCGAGGACAAUAUUCCGAUGGAUCACCGUGAAGAAUUUGAACACCAUGCAGUUCGACGAAAACUUGCGGGGCGAUACUCCUAUGGGUCUGCUGAGGGGAAUCAAACAUGGCACGGAAAGUUACCACGUUCUGUUCAAGCGACUCUGCAGUUACGCUGGCCUGCACUGCGUGGUCAUCAAGGGUUACAGCAAGUCCGCGGGCUACCAGCCGGGCGUUUGCUUCGAGGACAACCGAUUCCGGAAUAGCUGGAACGCCGUCUACGUCGCCGGUGCGUGGCGAUUUGUCCAGUGUAAUUGGGGGGCCCGACACCUCGUCAAUGCCAAAGAGGUUCCCCGUCCCGGCCAGGCGAAAGUUAAGAACGACAGUCUUAGGUACGAGUACGACGACCACUACUUCCUGACGGAUCCCCGGGAGUUCAUAUACGAGUUCUUCCCACUGCAAGAGGACUGGCAGCUGCUCAAACAACCGAUUUCGCUUAAAGACUUCGAGGAACUGCCUUUCGUGCGGUCCCUAUUCUUCAGGUACGGUCUUUACUUUCCGGAUACGAAUACAAAUGCCGUUAUGUACACGGAUUCCACCGGUGCUGCAACCGUGAGGAUAGCAAUGCCGGCGCAUAUGCAAUCAUCCCUUAUCUUCCAUUACAAUCUCAAGUUUUACGACAAUGAUGGUGAUGGCUACGACGGUGUGUCGCUCAAGCGUUUUGUCAUGCAGUCUGUCGUGGGAAAUAUAGUUGCGUUUCGAGUUCACGCGCCGUGUUCCGGCGCUUUUCUUCUCGACAUAUUUGCUAACGCGGUAACACCGAAGGAGUACUUGACCGGCGAGCCGAUGAAGUUCAAGAGCGUCUGUAAAUUCAAAAUAGCGUGCGAAGAACUGCAGACGGUGAUGGUACCAUUGCCGGAUUGCGCCAGCGGUGAAUGGGGUCCCACCAAAGCCACGAGAUUAUUCGGACUUAUACCCAUCACUCAUCAGGAGGCUCUGGUGUUUGCCGGGCGCGAGUUGGAGAUACAAUUUCGCAUGUCGAGGCCGUUGACGGACUUCAUGGCAACUCUGCACAAGAACGGCAUCGAGGAAAAGCGCCUAUCCAAAUACGUAACGCAUUCCAUCGCCGAUGACGACGUGGUCGCUUUCUCCAUAAGCUUCCCCGAAGAGGGCCAAUACGGCCUGGACGUGUACACCAGGGAGUCCACAGCUGCGGCAACCACUCAGCAUGAUGUCACCGGCGAGAAGCAUCUGCUUACGCACUGUUGCAAAUAUCUCAUCAACUCCAGUAAGAGGAAUUGAGCGAGUGCUUCCGUUCUUCAGACAUCUCUUGGACUUUCCCUCAAGAUUUCCGCCGGUCGCGAAUACAGUUACUAGAAUGGGAUUUUUUUGGCGUUCGCCAAAAGACGGACGACGAAGUCAGCGUCGCGAGUGCGGCGUUUCUUUCAGCGUUUCCGACGGCGAGCAAGCAAGUUACCGCGACGAGGCGAUCUCAAAAGUUCCACGCCGACGAUUCCGAAAGUCUCGCGAAAGCCUCGCCUGUUGUAGUCCACGAGCCCGUUCCACCCUCUUCAAAACGCUGCCGACGACCUUAUCGUCCUCGUUCUCAUCCCAGGAAGUAUAAUCGGACAGUAACGAUGAACUUAUCGAUGCCAUGGGAGAGGAGGAAAGAGAUCGGUAAUGCCGAGCAGCGGCGUGGAGGCAACGAGACAAUGGUGAAAGCCGUGACGCUUUACGUCAUUCCUUAAGGACUACUUUUAGGUCGCGCAGAUUAGAACGCCGCGGCAUGCAAUUCCGAGCUGACACGCUACCUCGAGUCUAACAAUAGGCUUACGACUUGAAGAGAGAGAGAGA